UCACACAACUACAAUACUAAUACAAUACACACAUACAUUUAGUCUUCAAUUAAUUAUAACCCUCUUUAGUUCUUCCUCAUCUUUCUCAUUAUAGUUAAUUAGCAAGAAGAAAAACAUGGAAAUUUUAUCAAAUUGGCAUAAUAGCUUUAUUGUGCUUAAGAUUGUUAUAGUAGUUGCUUUAAUGGUAUGCACUACUGCUUAUGGUGCAGGCAACUUCAAUGAAGAGUUUGAACCCACAUUUGGUGGAAAUAGAGUUCGAGUAUUUGGUCGAGGUAACCAACUCCUAUCUCUCACCCUAGACAAGUAUUCUGGAUCCGGGUUUCGCUCGAAAAAGGAAUACUUGUAUGGAAGGGUCGAUAUGCAAAUGAAACUCGUCCCUGGUAACUCUGCAGGAACAGUUACUACAUUUUAUUUGUCAGCUGAUCAAAGCACGGGUAUACACGAUGAGAUCGAUUUCGAGUUCUUGGGGAAUGUGAGCGGCCAACCUUACACAAUCCACACCAAUGUCUUCAGCCAAGGGAAAGGCAACAGGGAGCAGCAAUUCCACCUUUGGUUUGAUCCUACCAGGAACUUCCACACUUAUUCCAUUGUUUGGAACACAAAACUCAUCAUGUUUUUGGUGGAUGAGAUACCAAUAAGGAUAUUCAGAAACUAUGAAAAACAUGGAGUUGCAUUCCCAAAGAACCAACCAAUGAGGCUAUACUCUAGCCUUUGGAAUGCUAAUGAUUGGGCCACCCAAGGUGGUUUGGUGAAGACAGAUUGGUCUAAGGCUCCAUUCACGGCCUACUACCGCAACUUCUACAUCAAUGCAUGUGUUGCAGGUAGUAGCUUACCCUCUUGUGCAACUGCACCUGAGGCUCGCACCAACUCAGAAGGAUCAACCGGCGCAAGUACUGCACGCGCUGCAUGGAGAAGCCAUGAUCUUGAUGCAAAUGGUAGGAAGAGAUUGAGAUGGGCUCAUAAGUAUUUUAAGGUUUAUGAUUAUUGCAACGACUUGAAGCGGUUUCCUCAAGGUUAUCCUCUUGAGUGCAAGCACAACAGAGUUUAGGAUGAUGUUAGUGGAAAUUCUUUGUAUUAUAAGGUCAUAUGUAUUAUUUGCUUAUUAACAAAAUUCAUUUAUUUGUAUUCUUUGAUUGUUGAGAAUAAAGUUCAUGUUAUAUUUCUUAA